GCCACAAGAAGGAUCUCGCUGUCUCUCCGUGCUUUACUGGUUGUCUCAUUACCCAUCAGAGCCGCUCUGUAAGUGGGUGGUGCUGGGCCUUAGGCGGUAGAUGAUGAUGAUGAUAAGGAGGAGGAUAAUGAGGUGGAGCUUACUGCAGAUGUUCACUGCUUCAGGACUUACGAGCUAAAGUUGGUCACACAAUGCAGAAGAAGCACGACCCGUGAACUGCUGCUUUGCUAUAUUGGGAGGAAGAAAAAGAAGACGGCAUCCACAAAGAUUAUCUCAGUGGAGAAUUGCUCCUCGGAUUCAACAAUGGCCGUUUAAAAUGUCCGUAGUCUCCGCCUUCCAGUGACCCUCUCUCCUCCCUGUCUACACCCUCAUUCCAUUCCACUAUAUUGUUUUUCUGUUCUUUCACCCCGUGUCACUUUCUGGCGCUUCCGGGAACUAGUCCGUCUUCCUUAUCACUUCCCUGUUGCGUCAUCUGAGCUGGGGCUGAAAGUCUGUUUAACCCCUCACAAUGGUCGCUGAGGUAGACUCAGCAUCUCAGGGGAGCGGCGUGCGGCUGAAGCAGGAGAUUUCCCUCCUCCAUGGGGUCUGUCUGAUCGUGGGAAAUAUGAUAGGCUCCGGUAUCUUCGUCUCACCUAAGGGGGUUCUUAUGUACACGGGCUCAUUUGGCCUGUCCCUGGUGGUGUGGGCCAUUGGAGGGAUAUUUUCCGUGUUUGGAGCGUUGUGCUAUGCUGAGCUGGGCACUACCAUCCGUAAAUCGGGAGCCUCCUAUGCCUACAUCCUGGAGGCCUUCGGCGGUUUAUUAGCUUUUGUUCGACUGUGGACAUCCUUGUUGAUAGUUGAGCCAGCUUGUCAGGCAGUGAUAGCUCUGACCUUCUCCACCUACCUGGUGCAGCCCUUCUUCUCCACCUGUCCAGCACCCUAUUUUGCUGUCCGCCUCCUCGCUGCUGUCAUCAUAUGUGUGCUGACUUAUGUGAACUGUAUGAAAGUGAAAUGGGGGGCUAUUCUUCAGGUCAUCUCUACCGUAGCGAAGGUCCUAGCGCUCAUCGUCAUCAUCAUCACUGGCUUGGUUAAACUCGGACAAGGUUUUGACCAGAACUUUGAGGACUCAUUCAAAGGCUCUAAACUGGACCCUGGUAACAUGGCCCUGGCCCUCUAUGCAGCACUCUACUCCUACUCUGGCUGGGACACACUGAACUUUAUCACAGAGGAGAUCAAAAACCCAGAGAGGAAUCUGCCCUUGUCCAUCGCCAUUUCCAUGCCCAUUGUCACAGUGAUCUACAUCUUGACCAACAUAGCGUACUACGUCGUCAUGGAUGCAGAGAGCGUGCUUGCGAGUGACGCCGUCGCUGUGACAUUUGCAGAUGAGGUGCUGGGCUGGGGUCGAUGGCUGAUCCCUCUGUCUGUGGCCAUAUCCUGCUACGGAGGCCUCAACUCCUCCAUCAUUGCUGCUUCCAGGUUGUUUUUUGUUGGUUCCAGAGAAGGCCACCUGCCCAAUGUGCUGUGCAUGAUCCACAUUAAGCGUUUCACCCCAAUUCCUGCCCUGCUUUUCAAUGGUGGCAUGUCUCUGAUCUACCUGUCUGUGCCUGACGUCUUCCAGUUAAUUAACUAUUUCAGUUUUAACUACUGGUUGUUCAUCGGCUUGUCAAUAGCCAGCCAGAUCUACCUGCGCAUCAAAGCUCCUGAUCUGCACCGGCCUGUUAAGCUCUCUUUGUUCUUCCCGAUUGUCUACUGCUUGUGCAGCAUAUUCCUGGUUGUGGUUCCCCUCUACAGCGACACCAUCAACACUUUGGUGGGAAUUGCUGUGGCGUUGUCUGGUGUACCAGUCUACUACUUCUGCAUCCACCUGCCACCUAGCUCACGACCAGCCUACUUCGGAAAAAUGCUCGAUGACAUCUCUCUGUACACCCAAAAGCUGUGCGUGUGUUGUGUGACCUCGCCCGGUAUCGACCUGGACAAUUUAGACCCAGAGAAGAUCGAAUGACGGAGCAACAAAACCCCUCGUGUGAAAUGCUGUAUGGAGGGAUGGAAGAGGAAGAAUGAACACAAAGGAGGCUGAGAGCUGCAGACAAUCAGGUUUUAGAAGAGUAUAGCUGGAUUGAUUUAAAGAGAGGAUGAAGAAAACUGGAAAGGUGAGCUCAACACACCUCUUCCCUUCCUCCUCUCUCACGCACAAGCCAUAUAAAUACAAAAGCAAGAUUUUACUCUGCAUUAUUUAAAAAAUUAUGCUCCGUAUAACCCUCCAAACAGCAGCACUCUAUAGAUUAACUCAGUGGAAUUUGAGCACAGUCACAUGAUAUUACACAGUGCAGUGUUAACUGUGCAACUCCCUCCACACAUAUGCCCGUACAACUGCAACUCACGCACACACGCUGACAAAGGAAAAGUAAUGACCUGAUCCACAAGGAACCCACUCUGCAAACAUGCUUCAGGUGAUUUGUUCACAAACGGGAGGUUAUGUACACGGGUGUAUUUACAAAUGUUUAUGCUUUGCAUGUGUUGCAUCACACCUCACGUUAACAGUUUGAGUUACUGUAGCUCAUUUGAAUGUGUGGAAGAUGAGCAUGGACGGUUCAAACCUUGUGACUCUUUUUGAAAGGAUGCUCGGGACCCGUUAUCACAGGUUACAAAUGUCACACUGUGAUGGCCGAUCCAACCCUUUUGGGUUCCUUAAGAUCAAAGAAAGGCCGCAUGUUUAUCUUUCAACAGAGUGAGGCGGGACCGACCACUGGUUCAAAUGCUGAGAGUUGCAGACUUGAAACUCCAACUGCUUGUGUGUAAAUGUUUUGAUUCGGUCUGAUGUUGAUGCAAACCAGUGUGUAGUUUUCACAAAUGUAUUAAAGGUUUUUUUUUGUUAGAGUUUAAAACAUCAACUGAAUCGGUGUGGCAGCCAGGCGAUGUCCCAAAACGUUGUGGUUGGACCUUUUGACAGACCUCUGGAAAAACUGCGGCAAAUUUGCACAUGACAUUUUCUUUUUCUGUUUUGUUGUACAGCUACCGUGAUUAUAGAAAAGCUUUAUCUGUUAUUCUACUGGAUGACCAAAUGGACAGAUCUGUAACUAUUAGCUUGGUUAGAAGAGGGAAGAGAUUAUUUACAAAAGUGCUGUUAUUUUUUUUUUUUUUUUUGCAAGCUUGUUGUCAGUUGAUUAUGAUGAUCUGUCUUGAUCCUGCUUCUGUUCCACUGAGAAUCCUUUGAAUGCAUCUUCAGGGCUAUAUCUGAUCUCUGGUGCCUCCUAGUGGUAGUCAGGAGGCACCGAAUAUUUACUUCCAGGGACGAGCUAUGAGAUUUUUCCAUGCGUCACUCUAGAGUCCAUCUACAAUUUCCAUGUUUUUGUUUAUGCCGUUUCUGUCACCUUGUCCUCUCUUCAAACACAAACCAGUGAGUAAUGUCACUAAAGGAUUAUAGAUGUGAACAAAAUGUACAUUGCUAUGUGGUGAUGGUUUCCGGAUCAAGCAGACGUACCUGCCAGACUCCUCUGGGUAAUGUUUGUCUUCUCAAACAAACGGAAGCCGAUAUGCACACGUUGUAGCACUCUUGUCUUAAGAGUUUGUAACACAAAUGGUAUAUUUAAUGUAACGUUGCCUUGUUGAAUAUAUGACCAGCGUGGGCCAUUUAUUCACCGUGCACAGCCAAAGGUCUUAACCGGGCUGAGAGUGGGACCAGCUUUCUGCUCACAGUCAGACUGCUGUGAGCCCGUAGCAAAGUGUGUCUGCUUUGAGACAAUUGCACCCGCAGGGAGUUGAGCUACAGGUAGAAACGAGUCAAAUUUUGAACUGUUGUACUUUAUGUGCCUUCUGUGAGUGUGGUCUCCCAAAGGCCCUGUCUAUUUUCGAUGAAGCUCAGUUAAUUCUCAGCUGGAAAUAGUCAGGACCUGGAUUUAGGACCCCAUAGUGUCUUGACUUGAGCACUCCCACAACACCAGCCUGUUUAAUGUUGCUUCCUCUGGGGUCGGUGUCAUCGUUUAAACCAAACUAGGCAGUUUUGUGUGUGUGCGUGUUGUUGAGAAGAAAACCACCGUAUAUCUGCUGUGAACACAGAAUAUUCUCAAUGUAUUUCCAUGUGUAAUUAUGUUAGGAAGUUCUUAUAUACUCGGAAAUCACAGGACUUGAAUGUUGCAGUAUAUUUGAUGUGUUUCAUGAGGUACCAAAUACUGAAUCCGUGUGUGCUGGUUGGCUCGGGUUUGACAAAGUUGUGAUUUGUGUAUUUGUAGAAUUGUGUGUUUUUAUUUAUUGUGUUGGACAAACCAAAUAGCAAGACAUGUUUUUCAGUGGAGGAAGUCUUGUUUUCCCAGACUGACGCAUGAAGGUGCUUUGUUUUAUUUGAAUAAAGGAGAGUUCAAAAUGUG